AUGACAACCUACUAUUGUUAUGGGAAAGAUGGCACAGUCACAACUUCCUUGCUGGAUCCCAACGCCCAGGUCUUCACACGUGGCCAUUCAAGUAUCACGUCGUAUGAGCAACAAGGAGACAUUGUUGGAGCCUAUCUUGCACGUCGCGACAUGGGCUACCACGUGCCCACUGAACAAGAGACUUACCACUAUCAAGCCCCUCCAAUCAAGCCAUGGGGCCGGGCAUCCGGCAACAGUACCAUUCCAGAGCCCAUGGAGCGAAGCUAUUGGUCCAGCGAUGCACACGAGUCAUCUGGUUACCCAGGUAGCUCACGUGCUGAGGUUGUCAGUACGCUGGGCUAUGCUGGCUCGGCCUCCCACCCAAGUAUAGCUCAGUAUUAUCCAGACCCGGAAGAAAUUCGCCACAUGCACACGUUGCAUAGCCUACUGCCGUAUCUGCAGCCCGGGCGGAAGAUGAACGCACUAAACGGACCGAAAGUCGAUAUCUUCGAGCAGGAUACGGGGGUUGUCCUCGCCCAGCAAGUUUCAAAGAAGCUGUUGGUCAUGUUUCUCGGUCGCAGGGUGGUUAACAAGUACAUUCGCACUUUACACCGUGAAAACGUCGAGGAAUGCAGUGGUUCAGCAGCAUGCCAAGAAAUCAGUCUACCGCGUGGGAAAAGCUGCAAAGCCGCAAUGGCAGUGUUGAUUUCCUGGAUGGCAAGAGCUUGUCGAUACCGCACCAUGAAUACCAUGACGCAAAUUCGCGUUCCGAAGAGCACAUUUGUUGCCUGCUCAUUAGCUCAGACAAUGGAGAUGUUCGAACUUCACAAGGAUGCCCUCCGAGUUGACCAUUACAUAGCGCAGACGCAUUUCACUCGGCCAAUCUUUGCAGUGGAGCUGGAGGCUUUGUGGAAUUGCCUUGGUGAAGCGAAUCGGUACGUCUACGCAGCUAUCAAGGUUGUUGGAAAGCGGAUACAAGAUUCCGAGAGACCUGGGUCCAGAUCAGUUCCGGGCAUCAAUUACGAAAUGUACGCUAUGCUGAAAAGGCAUCCGCGGCUAGAGGCUCGUGUGCGCGAUCUAGAGUUGAAUGAACAGCAUCGACCAACCUUCAGUACCAUCUGGACCAGGAAGCUAGGGGAUGGAAAAAAUGAUCAAGAAACGAAUCAGCUCCAGGGUGUAGGUGUUGGGCACAGCAGCGCAACAUCCGAGAAGUCUAGCAAAGAUUUGCCAACAAGAGAUCAGAGUCAGAGUCUCAUGGCAGCCGGUGUUGGAGAUGCGACACGUGGCUUUGAAGCUUUAAGCAUUGUUUCAGCUGUUGGAGAAGAGUCGGUAUCCUAUGUGGGAACCAGUAACGAAGCAAGUCAGACAGAAAGGAGCAUCCUGCCAUGCGAUGAUAAUGAGGUUCGCAAUGGUGGCAUGGAAGAAGCACACCAACCGACCACAUAA